GGGAGGGAGGGAGGAGAAGGGAUGUGAGGAGAAGAUAAAUCUGCAUUCGACCGCUGCCUCUGAUCAGAGACGGUUGGAGUGCACUCGAGGAGAAGCAGCGUCACUGGCUGGAAACACAGCAUCAUAAACAAAAAGACACAUCCAGCAGCACAAAGGCUUCAGACUCAUAUUUGAAAUUGCAAACACAGAGAGAAGAAGAACCGAUCAACUGGACUUGACAAGGAGCAUCUGUAAGUGGCUAUGCGGCCGCAAUCGAGACCGCUGUCCAAGAGAAGACUCCUGCUGCCCACAAUUAGAGAGGGCACAGAGGAGACUGUGAGGGAUCUGGAUGAGGCCAGCACAGCCCACAUUACCAGUCAUGGCCACUCUGUCUCCUCAGAGGACUACCUCCUUUCCAUCUGCCAAUUGGCCCACCCCACCUUCCCCACCAGGGAUGUCUCCCCGAACAACAUCCGCACACGUCAGCCGGAUGCUGUGCACCACAGGCCGACACUGUCACGGCUCAGUGGGACUACGUCAACCACCUUUGAAUUCAAACCCGCAGAGAAGGCGCAUGCCAUUAAUGCUCAGCAGGAGCAGGAGAAAGAACUGAACAGCAAGUUGAUGUUUGGCAAUUCUGACCCUCUGGAGUAUCUUUAUGGACACCAGAACAACCUCUCAGGAGGGGUGAGGGGGGCUUUUGUUGAGGGAAGGUUUGUGAGGCAACAUAGGCAUAUAUGGGGUGGCCAGGCUUUCUCCAGAGCCCACAGCUUCCCCCCUGCUUCAAAUCUAGACCUCCCACACCAGUGCAAGAGCAGCUGCCCCGAAUUUCAAACCAUCACUAACAGAUCAGUUCCAAAUAUCUCCCCAGAACACAACUUGUCCAGGUUGGAGGCCAGGAGAGGCAGCCCAGCCUGCACAGGAGCAGAAGGAGAGAAACAGAAUCCAACUAGCAAACAAUCCCUCAUCGCCCAGUGGAUCUCCGGCUGCAGGUCAGCGUGGAGGGAGGCGCGGGUGCGAGCCUGUGUGCUGCCUGCCAUAGCUGAGAUAUAGGGAACAGGCGAACAGACACUGUGACAGAAAACAUUCCCAAUGAAUUGUCCUUUUUUUGUCAGUGCAUGACACAGUGAUGUUAGGAAACAUGUAGAAAUGUAUUAUGAGAGAUUUGAUUAAUACACAUUUGAAAACAUACAGAUACAAGUAAAUAUUGUCAUGGUUGUCCAUGUGUAAUGUUAUAUCAGUGUCAUUGCUUAAUAUUACAACCCUCUUACUCUUGAUAUAUGCUGAUAAUCGUACAAAAACUGACUAAUCUGCAAAAAUCCUUUUCUAACUUUGUGUUUUGUGAACUAAGUAUAAAUAAAUAAACUAA